CACGGUAUCCCAGUUUUCUUCCUCAUACACAGUUUCCUGUUGAUACCGAUACCCUAGUUUCUCAAUGAGAAUUGUUUAUGCUGAUCACCACCACAUUCAGUCUAAGCUUCGCAGAAGUCAUCGGUCAUGAAUCAGUACUGUUGUCGGCCUGAGGAGCUUCCUCUCCAUCUUUACCGCGUGCAUUACCCAGAGAGUCAAACAACUCUCACGGGCGAAGGACUCAAGGCCACAGACACAACUACACUCUACGGCAAUAGCACACACGAACUCAGUCUCUUCAAACAGGCCGUGGAGGACCAUUUUACAUGGGGUUAUCGAGGUCGUUCCCCAUUUAUUUCUUUCUUUUCCGACCGGAAUCAUGCCGAGAACUGGGGAUGUACAGAGCCCUGGCGUGGAUCGAAUCCCCACAGCGAAGAAUGGACUCUCUGUACUAUUGAUAUAUCUUUGCUCGAUGGAGUCCAUGUCUUUAAAGUCAGCAGGCUUGUAGAUGCCCUAGGUGUGAGGAUACCUAAAAGAGCAGAACAACAUGAGGGAGGAUCGUAUAUCUGUUUGCAUAAGGUACCAGCUCACGCGAUUCGUGAAAAGAGAGCUGGAAUCAACGUCAAAUAUUCCCAGGAAUAUGGUGAUGAACACCGGGAUCCUUGCUUUGGUUACGAUAGUGACGAUUCAGCGGUGCAGAAUAAUAUCAACGAUGAUUUGAUCAAGAUGAUUGAGGGAGACUGGGAUUGAAGUGCUCCAAAUGGGCAUACCUGACUGAGUUCUCUUAAUAGACCCCAGUCGGUCUUCCUCACAAUUUCAGGUGUAAUUCAUGAAUGCUAUCCACUAUUACUUUAGGUCCAUUCCUUGCA